AUGGCGCACCAACAACACUACGAUCACUACGCGCAGCCGCAACAGCAGCAGCAGUACUACGACCAAGGCCGGCCGCAGCAGAGGCAGCAGCAGCAAUACCAGGAUUACGACAAUCAAUACGACCAGCAACAAUACUACGACUACGAUUACGGCUAUGACCAGGGCGGCCACGAGCAAUGGAACAACGGACACUAUGACCAGCAAGGAGGAUGGGACAACGCGCAGCAGCACGGCGGCUACCAGGACGUGAAUGGGCACUCGAGGCCAGCCCAGCCGGAUCCGCGACGCAGACAGCCGCCGCAAGACCAGUACUAUCAGGAGGAGGCAUACAGCGACCAGCACUACCAGCAGUCGCCCCCGCAAAACCCAGGACGGAGACCGCCUCCUCAGAGUCAGCGUCCUCAGCAACCUGCCUACAAUGAGCCCCCGCGACAACGACCACCACCACAACAACAGGAUCCCCGAAGCCGACCGACAGGUCAGGGGAAUGCGCCACCCAUCAACACACAAAAUGGACGAGGUGUCCAGAGGCCCCCAGGCCUCGACCGCUCCCUCUUCAACCCAACAUCACCCAAGACUCUUGCCUACGACAACCCCUUUCCGACCUUUCCUUCGCAAAAGCCACCGCAAGCUGGCUCGAAGCCCCUCGAGAAGGGCAUGGCACAGAUGAACAUCAAGGAUGGUGGAGGACAGCCGAAGCCUACAGGCCCAUCUGGGCGAGGACAGCCUAUGCCGCCACAAAACCGCGGCCCACCACAGCAGAGGUCAAUACCCAACCCGCGGCAGGACUCGGGGCAUUUCGAAGGCCAGGGUCAACGCAAUGCCCCUAAUCGCAUGCCGCCUGGACAACGACCACCGCCCAUGAACGCCGAUCCUAGUCGAGGACAGCAACCACAUCGCACAUCUGAUCCCAUGUCGCGAGCUUUCGGUCCGAACACACAGCGAUCUGUGACAAUGCCUCAGACACUGCCAAAUGGAAAUCAGGGUGGAUAUAACGGUCAGCAAGAGUUCGCUGAGCCUGGUGCUGUUUCUGGCUACUAUGGCCCUGCAUCGCCAGACCACAUCCCUCCCAGGCCUUCAACUGCGGGCGGGACGAGGCAAAAUGGGCCUCCGAUGCAGCAGGGACACAGGCCUCCUAUGCCCCAAGCACCACAGCAGCAGCCUCCAUCGCUAUAUCACCAAGAUCAGCGUCAAGCGCCAAUCCAGCAGCAACAGGCUCAGGGUGGCGAACCGGCACUGGACGACUUCUACGAUGACUACUAUGGGCAGGGCGACGCUGCGAUGGACAUGCCCAACUUCGAUGCCAUCCCAGAGACCAACAACAAGCAUCGCAGAGGUGAUUCAAUCGACAACCACUUGACCCCAUCUAACGAUACGCGCUAUGCCCCGCCGCCUGCUCCCAUGAACUCAGGAUCCGGCAAUCCUCAGGGUCAGAUGCAGCGUAGCCGAUCACAGCCAGAUCUCAACGGGCAGUACGCAAAUGGCGUGCAUGAAAUGGCGGCAGAUGCUCCCCCAAUGCCAGGUCCAUCACGGGCAAACACUGGCUUUGCGCCCCCGAAUGGUCUAACCAACGGUGUCCGAGGACGAGGGCCGCCUCAGAGGGGAAUGACAGGUGAUAGCAUGCAUGGUGGACCACCCAACCAAGGCCCAAUGCGUGGACAGCCGCCUAACUUCGACCCACGAUAUGGAGCGCCCCCUUCAGGGCCACAAAGGGUUUACUCAGAUGAGACUACAUACUCUGAACCGCCUCCCAGCAUGAACAGGAACUUCGGAUCGCCCGCACCCGGACACCCUAUCCAACGACCAGGAACAGCUGCACCUGCACCGGGACGAAACCCAAGCGAUCCUAUGGGCAGAAGACCUGGCACUACUCAGCCACCAUCGAAUCCAGACGCGUUGCCAGCGCACCCCAUGCCUGUGCGACAAGGCCUUAUGCAGCAGCCACCGCGGCAGCAACCACAAGCAAACCAGCCCCAGGCGCCUCAGAACGCAAGACCGCCGCCUGUCAGACAAUACAACAGCGAGCCUGGACGCCCCAGUAUUGAAAGCCAACAAUCUUCCACACAGCGCCACAGCGGAACAGGCGCGGCACCCCAUCCAGUAACUUACGAUGAGCUGAACCGGCUACGCAACACGUGGAAGCAAAACCCCAAUGACAUUCCUACGGGUCUGAAACUAUCGAAGAAGCUCGUAGAAGCAUCGAGCGUACUUGCCGAUGAAGGAGGCACUGCCGACUCCAGGACGAAGAACAAGAACCGAGAAAAGUUCAUCCUCGAAGCCCACAAGAUCAUCAAGAAGCUAGUCAGCAAUGGCUCACCGGAUGCCAUGUUCUAUCUCGCCGAUUGUUACGGGUCAGGAGGGCUUGGCUUACAAGUGGACACCAAGGAGGCAUUCACGCUCUAUCAAUCAGCCGCCAAAGGAGGCCAUGCCGCAAGUGCAUACCGUACAGCUGUCUGCUGCGAGAUGGGUCAUGAAGAAGGCGGCGGCACCAAGAAGGAUCCCCUCAAAGCCGUCCAAUGGUACCGACGUGCCGCCGCGUUGGGCGACCCCCCUGCCAUGUACAAGAUGGGCAUGAUUCUCCUCAAGGGACUCUUGGGCCAACAGAAGAACUUCGGCGAAGCCAUCAACAUGCUCAAACGAGCCGCUAGUCUAGCCGAUCGCGACAACCCGCACGCACUCCACGAAUUGGCCCUCAUCUACGAAGCGCAAACCGGCAACGAACGCGUAAUCCGCGACGAAGCCUACGCGCUACAGCUCUUCCACCAAGCCGCUGAUCUCGGUUACAAGUUCUCUCAAUUCCGUCUUGGUCAAGCUUACGAAUACGGGCUCCUGGGCUGCCCAAUCGACGCACGUACUAGUAUCGCUUGGUACACCAAAGCCGCUGCGCAGGAGGAACACCAGAGUGAACUCGCACUUUCAGGUUGGUACUUAACAGGUACAUCGGGUAUACUCGAACAAAGCGACACCGAGGCUUACCUCUGGGCACGGAAAGCGGCGUGCGCGGAACCGCCGCUGCCAAAGGCGCUGUUCGCCAUGGGCUACUUCACUGAAGUGGGUAUAGGCUGCCCGCGCAGUUUGGAUGAGGCGAAACGGUGGUAUGGACGCGCUGCUGCAUACAAAUUCCCCAAAGCUCAAGAACGUCUUGAGGAGCUUAAGCGUGGUGGAAGUAAAGUGCAGAUGAAGCGUGAACGUCUUAGUCGGACGAAUCAGAAGCAGCAGGAGGAGAAUUGCUCGGUUAUGUAG